CUUCGCUCUGUGGAAGAUUUCCAGACUGUUCAAGUGAUCAAACUUCUAAAAUAUGAAAAGAAGGUGGCUAAAAUGUGUUUCUUAAUGAUCUCCACAUUCCUUAUUUGUUGGAUGCCCUAUGCAGUGGUCUCCCUCCUGAUAACAUAUGGCUAUAGCAACCUUGUAACUCCAACAGUAGCUAUCAUCCCAUCUUUCUUUGCCAAGUCAAGCACUGCUUAUAAUCCAGUCAUCUAUAUCUUCAUGAGUAGAAAGUUUCGACGGUGCCUUUUGCAACUCCUGUGCUUUCGCCUGAUGAGAUUCCAGAGGACUGUGAAAGAGACACCAGCAACAGGGAAUGACAAACCAAUACGACCAAUAGUUAUGUCUCAGAAAGCAGGGGACAGGCCAAAGAAGAAAGUGACUUUCAGCUCUUCUUCUAUCAUUUUUAUUAUCACCAGCGAUGACACUCAGCAAAUAGAUGACAACAGAAAACACAAUGAGACAAAAGUAAAUGUCAUCCAAGUAAAGCCACUAUAG